CCUAUUUCUUCGGUUCCCAUCAACUCGUUUUAAUCUCCAUCUGCUUCAUAUUCCUCUCUCCUUUUCCAUGUCUUCCUCUGCCGGGAGCUUCGAGGCCUCUUCGGCCAUCUUCUCCUUCUCUACCCCCCACACAACGUCCUUCUCAGACCUGCUUUGUGGCGCCGACGACGCCUCCACCGCCGACGAAACUUCGAAGUCGGUUAGAGGAUUUAGCGACAAGGGAGGAGGAGGAGGAAUACCAAAGUUCAAGUCCAUAACUCCUCCCUCACUUCCCAUCUCGCCUCCUCCCUUCUCUCCUUCCUCUUACUUCGCCAUCCCCGCUGGCCUCAGCCCCGCCGAGCUCCUCGACUCACCUGUGCUUCUCUCUUCAAACAACCGGCUUCUCCCUUCUCCAACCACUGGGACUUUUCCUCUCAAAGCUUUUAACUGGAGUGGUAAUUCUGGUAACCAUUAUGAGGACAAGAAAGAUGUAAACAGAGCUUUCUCGGAUUUCUCCUUCCAGACUCAGCAGAGACUGAAUGUUUUCAAGGGAAGCCAGCAAUCAUGGAACUACCAAGAACCUAAUAUCAAAACUGAGCUCUCUGCACCGAACGUCCAAGCCAAUAACACUAUUAAAGAGCAGAAAAAGUCUGAAGACGGAUACAACUGGAGAAAAUACGGGCAAAAGCAAGUAAAAGGGAGCGAGAAUCCUCGGAGUUAUUACAAGUGCACGUUUCCCAAUUGCCCGACGAAGAAGAAGGUUGAAAAGAACCUCGAAGGCCAAAUCACAGAGAUAGUCUACAAAGGCACUCAUAACCAUCCCAAGCCACAAUCAACUCGAAGAAACUCUUCUUCUUCCUCCUCUCAGUCGUUUCAACCCCUCGUCUCCUCCGCUGCGGCUUCCGAAGCUUCGGAGCACUCCCAUGGCGUCCGGUCGGGGACGGCGAUGGAAUCGGUGGCUACGCCGGAUAAUUCGUCGGUAUCUUUCGGUGAGGAUGAAGUUGAUAGGAACAUUCAAAGGACUAAUCGUGCAUCAGAGGAGUUCGAGGAGGAAGAGCCUGAUGCUAAGAGAUGGAAGAAAGAAGGAGAGAACGAAGGGGCAUCCGUUGCCGGAAACAAGACGGUGAGGGAGCCCAGAGUUGUGGUGCAGACCACGAGCGAUAUAGACAUUCUCGACGAUGGCUAUAGAUGGAGAAAGUAUGGGCAGAAGGUAGUGAAGGGGAAUCCAAACCCAAGAAGCUACUACAAGUGCACCACAGUCGGAUGCCCUGUUCGUAAACAUAUUGAGAGGGCAUCGUAUGAUCUGAGGGCAGUCAUAACCACCUACGAGGGCAAACACAACCAUGAUAUCCCCGCCGCUCGUGGCAGCAGCAACCAUUCUGCGAAUCGACCGCCGGCGUUGGAGAAUGCUCAGGCCAUCACCACCACAAUCCGGCCGUCGCCGGCCGUCGCCGCAAACUCUCGCUUUGGCCAAAGAUUCGACACCUUUCAGCACUCUCAUUCACCAUUCGCGCUUGAAAUGUUACCGACCGAUCAGGGCCACUAUGACGACGGCUUUUCAGGAUUUGGAAAUCCUUCGAAUUCUUAUAUGAAUCAUCAUCAACAACAACAGCAGCAGCAGCAGCAGCAGCAACAGCAGAAGCAAACCGGGAAUUUGUUCCCGGUGGCGAAGGAGGAGCCGAGAGAUGAUAUGUUCUUUGAGUCGCUUCUUUGCUAAUUAAAAAUGGAAAAAAUUGCAUUAAUAUAUUUUGAUAUAAUUUAUAUUCUAAUGGCUUAAAAUUAUUCAAUUUGCUUUGAGAUUACUGAUUAUUAUAAUUUUUUAUUAUAAAAUAUAUCUCAAAGCAAAUUUAAUAAUUUGUAAGCUCGUUCUGAUAAUUAUAUUAUAAUAUACAAUUUUUUUCCCAAAAAAAAAAGGUUUGAAAUUGCAUCAUACAGAGACACAAUGGAAUAUUUACAUACAUUGCCCUAUAAAAAAAUAUUUGUAGAUGUUUAUAAUAAGUAGGUUGAAAUUUUCAGAAAGAAUAAGAAGGGCGAUAUUUUCUGCUUUCGUAUUUGUUUGUUUGUUGUUUAUUAUGAUAAGUUUGUUUAUUUGUUUUAUUAUUAUUAUUAUUAUUGUAAAUGAGAUAUAGAGAAGGUUGGAGAUGUCAA